UCACCACAACGUGUUGUGAUACAUAGGACUCGCUAACGGUCCUUGCCUCUUGACCUCGACUACCAUGGCCCCUGGUAAGAAACUCAGUGGCACUGACCUCAUUCACGCAGAUGAUCAGGUCGUCCACGGCCUCGAGGUCGCCCCAUCUAUCUCUGUCUCUACCACAUUCAGAAAUCCUCAGCCCUGGGACCCGAGCAAGGGUUUGGACGUCCUGAAUGCACGAGACCCUGACAGACAUGUUUAUUCCCGGUACACUCAGGAAGUCAGCACUCGUGCGGAGCGAGUGUUGAGCAAAAUUAAUAAUGGCUACGCUAUCACCUAUUCUUCAGGCCUGGCCGCGAUUUACGCUGCGCUGGUGCAUCUGAAGCCGAAGCGUGUCGCAAUCACCGGAGGCUAUCAUGGCGCGCAUAUGACUCUCAAUGUAUACAAGAGAAGCAGCAAUGAACCUGUAGAGGUCAUCAGCAUCGACGACGAGUUCAAGCCAGGAGACAUCUGCUGGCUGGAGACUCCCUUGAAUCCUACUGGUGAAGCAAGAGAUAUCAAGUACUAUGCCGAUAAGAUCCACGCGGUAGGCGGAAAGUUGGUGGUAGACGCUACAUUUGCUCCGCCACCCCUUCAAUACCCUUUCAAGUGGGGAGCGGACAUUAUUAUGCACAGCGGCACGAAGUACUUCGGUGGACACUCAGACUUGCUAUGUGGUGUUCUUGUCGUCAAAAGCAAAGAGGAGUGGACAGAGCUCUGGUCUCAGCGCACAUUCCUCGGUAACAUGAUGGGCUCUCUUGAGGCAUGGCUACUUCUCCGUUCUCUUCGCACUCUCCAUCUACGGGUGCCUCGUCAGUCCGAGAACGCGGUAAUUCUUGCCAAGUGGCUUAGUGGUGCUGCUGGGGGGAAAGCACAUGACGGUAUACCCGCUGGGGUGAUUGACAUCGUCUGGCACUCGAGCCUCCAAGGGAAGGACGCCCGAGGCUGGGAGCCGAGUGCUCAGCUGGAGGGUGGCUGGAACCCCACCUUCGCUAUUUUCAUGAAGCAUAAGGAGCAUGCCACGUUGCUCCCGCAUUCCACCAAAUAUUUCUUCCCCGCGACUAGUCUCGGUGGGAUCGAGUCUCUCAUCGAGCAACGCGUUGCCUCAGAUGCUAGCGCAGACCCUAGGCUCAUCCGUCUGAGCAUUGGCAUUGAGGAUGUCGAGGAUCUGAAGGCUGACCUCAGGCAAGCCUUCCAAGCUGUGCUUAAGCCGAAGGCGAAGCUCUAGUUGCCGCUCAAAGAUAUUUGCUUUAGAAAUUGUAUUCUUUGCUUGGACGUAGAACUUGUAUGGCAUCCCAUGGCUGCCUAUGAAUAUAUUCCCUCGUCUGUCGUAAUCGUGCAUUGCCACCGGUAGCUCAUUCAAUCCUAAUAUGCCGGGGUGCAUGUCUUGCGAACGAACGGGGCUCCCAUGGAGAGAUUUCGGUGGAGUGCUUUUUGAAACCAUCGAGCAG